GGAGCCUCAAGAUGGAGCCGAGGCGGCGCGCGCAAAGAGUGCCGGGACGGAAAUGGCGGCGCCGGAGCCGAGACGUGGCUCUCCUCUCCCGGGGCGAUGUGCCUAUUUCGUGGAGAGGAAGAAGCGCUUCUGCAAGAUGAUCCCGGCUCCUGGGAGGCGCUUUUGCGGAGAGCAUGGGCAGCAGGAGCAAGAAAAUGACAGAAAAAGAAUUCCGUGCCCUCUUGAUCCAAAACACACUGUAUAUGAAGACCAACUACAAAAGCAUUUAAAAAAAUGUAAUUCAAGAGAGAAGCCAAAGCCAGUCUACUUUGUUCAAGAUAUUAAUGCAGGUUUAAAAGAUGUAGCAGAAAUACCAGAAAAAACAGUACCUAUUUCUUCUCUGUCCAAAGAAGAGUUGAAGAACUUAAUUAUCAAGGUGAAAAAAGCAAGUAAUGGCCUGGAACUUGACCUUAAGGAACAAAUACUGUCCCACCAGGCUUUACAAGAAGCCUUAAAUGACCCAAAGAAUGGGGAAUCCGCUUUCAAACACUUGAAACAACAGGCUUCUAUUUUAGGUAACAUGGAAAAAUUACAUUUACUUGGUCCAGGAAGAUGCUUUGUUGAGUUUGGAGCUGGGCGGGGAAAGCUGUCUCAUUGGGUUGAUGUUGCCUUACAGAAUGUUGAAAAUGUUCAGUUUUUGCUUGUGGAAAGGGCAACUACAAGAUUCAAGGUGGAUGGAAAACAUAAAAGAAGAGAUUCUGUAUUUGAAAGGCUACAAGUUGAUAUUCAGCAUUUAUGUUUAAAGAAGGUACCUAUUUUGGAGAUGAACAGACUACCAGUAGUAGGAAUUGGGAAGCAUUUGUGUGGUGCUGCGACAGAUCUUGCUUUGAGAUGCUUGGUUGAAAGUUAUACAGCUGCUUGUGAUGGAGAAAAUGAAGAGCCUGCACCAAAACGCUCUAGGACCGACAAGAAAGAGGUGGCUUCUAACAAUUCUGCUGAUAAUGAAAGCAACAAAGAAGACUGUAAGCCUGUAGCUGGAAUUGUUAUUGCACUGUGUUGCCAUCACAAGUGUGACUGGACACAUUAUGUAGGCAGAGAGUUCUUUAAAGCAGUAGGACUUGGACCAGUAGAAUUCCAUUAUUUUACAAGAAUGAGUAGCUGGGCCACUUGUGGCAUGCUAGAAGCCACAACCAAAGCCCCUACAAGUGAAGAAAGUGAAGAUCAAACUAACGACACAGGAGGACAUGAGCAAACAUUCAUCAAGACAGAGGGCGAUUCUGAUACUUUACAAGGAAUACUUACUGUUGAAGAACGAAAGGAGAUAGGUUGCCUUUGUAAACUGUUGAUUGAUCACGGGCGGAUUGAAUAUUUACAACAACGAGGAUACAAGGCUGCACUACAGUAUUAUACAGAGUCUGAUGUGUCCUUGGAGAAUGUCCUGUUGACAGCUGUCCCAAGUCCGUCUUUGAUAACAGCGCCAACUACAUGACAGGAAAUAGAUUUGGAAUUGGUAGGAAAAAAACCUAUAAAACUUAUCUGGAUUUUUUUAAAAGCCAAUCAUUGUUUGCGAAAAAACUGUUUCAGUCUUUCCUGUACCCAGGAAGAGGUCUUAUAUUUCCCAGUUUCACUGGAAGUUACAAAUAUGCAAACCAGUUCUCAUUGACAGAAAAAUAAAAUCCUGACGAAUAUCUGAAACCUGUUGUAUGCCUCUUUGCUAGGAGGAAGUAUACUUGAUAAUAUUCUUCCAUUCACAGUUACGUUAUUUAUUCAUUAGCAUUUAUGACAGGAGAAGGACCAGAAGUACAACUUUCCAGAUUUCCUAAAAAAGAAUGGGUUAAAAUAAGAGAAAUUAACAUGCUUUGUUUUCACUUUAAAGUUCAGAAUAGCUUUAUCUUUCCUCUUAAAUUAUUUAAGUAGGCCUAGGUACUUUCAUCAGACCAUGCUGCUAAGGUAAUCUGUUAAGGAAGAAAACUUAUUUGUAAACUGUCAUUUUGAUAUAUUUUUGCUAAUUUGAUUAUUCAUUCAUGAAAUACUGAUAAGAAAAAAGCUGUCUUAAGCAUUCUAAA